AUGUCCUGUUCGCCCUCACCACUAGCAUCAUUAUCAAGAGGCUCCGUAACAAUCGGUGUGGAUGGUGGAUCCACAGGCACCACUGUGGUUGUGUUAUGCAAUGAAACUCAAAAAGUAUUGGCCAUGAUCAGCUGUGCACCAUCGAAUAAGAACAGCGUUGGAGCUCAAAAGGCUCAGCAAGUCAUCUCCGAUGGCAUUAAACAAGCAUUGAAAGAGGCUUCUUCUGAAUCCUCGGUGAGUAAAUCUCUGGGUCUUGAUGAUGUUUCUGCUGUGUGUUUGGGUAUGAGUGGAGUGGAUCGUCCGAAUGAUAUUGAACAAGUUCGUUCAUGGAUGAUUGAAUUAUUUACGACUCAUCACGACACUAGUUGCAACAAGAGCAGUGAGAGUUCAACAAUGGAGACAUCAUCCACUCCUGAAAUUUAUAUUUUCAAUGAUGCUGUGGCAGCCAUUUGCUCAGGCACUCUCGGAGCGCUUCAUGAUGUCAUUUGUCUAAUUGCAGGAACAGGAAGUAUUUGUCUCGGAACGAAUAAUGAUGGUGAGUCUUUCACAAGAACUGGUGGUUGGGGACCAUUACUUGGUGAUCGUGGAAGUGGUUUUUGGCUCGGUUCUAAAGUUUUGCUCAGCGCAGUAGAUUAUACGGAUGAAUAUAACACUGAAAAAACUGUAUUGGCACAAUUGGUGAAAGAGGAAUUAGGAUUGAAUGACAUGAGCGAAUUAAUUCCAUAUGUGUACCAAGAUAAGGAAUGGAGCAGAAUUGCUCGAUUUGCUCCUCUUUGUUUUAAGGCCAUUCGUGAGCAUGAUGACCCUGUAGCAAAACAAUUGGUCGAUGAAAUGAUUUCCAAUUUGAAACGAAUGGUAGAAACCAAUGCAAGAAAAUUGAAAUUAGGCACCGAAAAAAAGUUCACACUGGUCUAUUGCGGAAGUAUUUUGACUCAUGACAACAGUUUAGUUGGAGAGGGAUUAUCUCGUGCUUUGAAAGAGACUUUUGGAGAUCAAAUUGAAAUUAUUGAGCGACCAAAAGUAGAUCCUGCUGUUGGCAGCGCUUUGUACUAUCUCAAUAACAAGAAACAAAAGAAGAAUUAG